AUGAUUGUGACCGCUAUAUUUUGGUUCAUUUCUCUUUUCUUCAUCCAUCCUGUCCUUGUGGCUGGCGCGGCGACAGUUAAUGGCACAACGGGGGACUCUUUUUGCUCAUCGUUGAUGUGUAUAACCGCUACCUUGAACGGAACAACGGUCGAAUACCUUUUGUCGAGCAGAGGAAGGACACCAGGAUGGAUGGCCAUGGGUUUUGGUAAAACAAUGGCGGGAUCUCCCAUGGUUAUCAUGUGGGCCAACUCGGACGGCACACUCACACUCUCUCAACGCCAAGCAUCAGACUACGUUGAGCCUCAAUUGGUCGAUAGUCCGCCAAGAUUUGCCACAUUGUCGAGUCCUGCAUCGGGAGAUAUCAAAUAUGCUUUUACUAUCCCCCAUGACGGCAAAACGACCCAGAACCUUAUCUGGGCAUUUGGAUCAACCAACCCAGGAUCGUCCGAUCCUCGAGCAACUCUUUUACAACAUCUCGAUAGCGGUCCGACAGUUCUAGAUCUUUCGAAAACCAUUACACCAGGAUCAGACAUACCUUCCGGGGGAAGCGUUAAUAUUCCACUCCAACCUUAUCAACGACUUAUCGUCGCUCAUGCGAUUUUCUGUGUCUUUGGUUUUCUUUUUUUCCUUCCCGCUGGCGCACUUCUCGCGAGAUAUCUUAGGACGUUCUCAAAUGUGUGGUUUAAGGGACACUGGAUUUUGCAAUGGUUAUUAGCGGGCGUGUGUAUCGUCAUUGGCAUAGCUCUCGGGAUACGGUCUGUAGUCGAAGCCAAGGCUAAGCAUUUCGAUGAUACCCAUAAGAAAUGGGGAAUCGCCUUGUUUGUUCUCUACAUCGUCCAAUGCUUACUAGGCGCCUUCAUCCAUUUCCUCAAACCCGCGAACCCAUGGCCAACAGCAAGACCAGUCCAGAAUUACCUUCAUGCCGUCCUGGGCCUUCUUACCAUCGGGCUCGCAUUCUAUCAAGUCCGUUCAGGAUAUAAAUACGAGUGGCCUAUGGUGACGGGAAGAGGUGAUCUUGGAAAGGGUGUGGAUAUUGUGUGGUAUGUUUGGGUUGUGCUUAUUCCGGUGUUGUAUGCUGUCGGAUUGGCUUUCCUUCCUAAGCAGUAUAGGCAAGAAGGGGAGAAAAAGAUCAAAGCAGGCGUAGGUUACGCUCAACAUGAUGAAUAG